ACAGUAUUUUAUUCUCUAAUCACUUUGGUUGUGAUCAAUGAAUUAUUAUUAUGUAUUGGCAAUAAGAUCUUUUGGCCGGUUGUACAAGCAUCAUCUAAUUCUGAGAUCAGUUUCAUUCAAAAUGAUUAUGAUGCAGAUAAGACAAAGUGUAUUCAAUCAUUAUUAGUCAAUCGAAAUCGAAUACCGGAUAAAGCUUUCAAUGCUACCAGUGAAGUACUUGAUCCUUCAGGUGCUAAGCGGUAUAAUGCACAUUCGAUUCGGAAUGAGAAUACAGAUUUUGCUUGGUGUCCAGGUAAACGUAUUGGUACAGAGUGUGAUGAAUAUAUCGAAGUGGAUAUGGGUGAAUUGAAUAUCAUAACUAAAGUUGUUAUAAGUGGAUUACUUGCUGAGGAUGGAGGCAGUCGUUAUACUCCAUAUUUUUAUAUUCGGUAUAAACGGGAACAGAAUGAAGAAAACUGGAGAACAUAUCGACAACUCCGUCCAACUAUUACUUCACGUCUUCUGGGUGGUUUAGAUGCUUUAGUGCCUAAAUUUGUGGUUCUCGAUCCACCAUUAAUAGCUCGUUGGAUUCGUAUCUAUCCAUAUCGUGAUCCUCCAGGUUUUGUGUGCAUUAGACUUGAAGCAUACGGUUGUCAAUUCUCAGAUGACUUAGUUGAAUACCGAAUACCUGAAGGAAGUCUUGCACAUCCUCCCUAUCAGGCUGAAACGCAUUUAUAUAAAGUUCAAGGAUCAGAACUAUUCACAAAUGAAAAACAAAAUUUUAGUCAAGCUGGUGGCGGUCUUCCAUUUUCUGAUACAUGCUACGAUGGUCAUAGGAUUGAACCAGGUAGUCUGUUAAACGGUGGACUUGGUUGCCUUAUUGAUUUAAAUAUUGCCAAUCGUGAUGCAACUCCAUUGAUUCAACGAGGUUUGAAAGCAGACAAAUCAAUGAAUCAUCAGUUUGUUGGUUGGCAUCGAGAUCGAUGGAGAAGUUCACAGGAGAAAAAUAAUGAUGUUGUUGAUAUGCUUUUUCGUUUUGCUUCUAUACGCAAUUUUACAAGACUUCGAUUUUAUGUAUCUAAUAAUUAUUUAGAGAAGGUUCGUAUACCCAGAAGACUUGAAGUUAAAUUCAGUGUAGGUGGAGUACACUUUUCUGGUCAGUCGCCGAUAUCACGUGAUUUCAAGUUAGAAAAUCGAAGUGUAGGUGUAUUUAGCAUUACUAUGGAUUUAUCUCAUCGAAUCGGUCAAGUUGUACAGUUGAAAGCAUUUUUUGCUGAUGAUUGGUUACUAUUCAGUGAAAUACGUUUUGAAAGUGAAAAGGUGACUACACCAGUAAAACUUGAUGAAUCGGCUGUGAUACCUGCAAAGUCUUCCAAUAAUCCAAUGAAUAAUAAUGAUAAAGAAGAGGAUGUUGUGAAUACAGAAAAUGGAGCUGAUACAAAAAAGGUGCCUCCGUCAAACGAUGCUGUACUCGAUGAUUCACCAACUCGUCUAUCCACUGUAGUUAUCUUGGUAUUAGUUCUGUUAUGCUGUUUCCUUGGUCUAUUAGCUGGUGUUGCAUGUUUCUCUGUCACAUGGAUGCAUCGUAAAAGGCAUGAUUUAGAAAGAGAAAAACAUCAAGUACACAAAACUUUGUUAAUUCGAGGUGAAGAUGGUUUGAAUGCUUAUACAACAGGUUUACGUGGUAAUGGAGAUGUUGUUGUUGGCAGCGCUGGCGGUGCUUAUACAACAAUUAGACCGAAUAUGUAUCCAUUUCUUUUGUCUGGAGCUAAACCUGACAGUGGUGUAUCAACUGUUCUACCAAAUGGUGGACUUCAAUCUUACCAUCAAAUGGUUCUAUCAUCUAAUACAAGUGCAGAAUCAUCACAAAGUUGUUCAAAUGAUAAAAAUCCAAGUCAACAGCAGCAGCAGCAGCAACAACAACAACACCAAAUAUCAAAACCAGGUGUUGGUAUUCUGGUCGAUCAGUCGAAUACAAUUGCUAAUCGUCUAUCUGACGGUACAACUGGUCCAAGUGAUGGUAUUACCUCUGAGACUGAAGCCUUCUGUGAUAAUAAAUUCGACGAUGAAAAUCAUCUUCAUCGUCAUGUUCUAUACGAUCAUCACAAUCACUAUAGUCAACAACGUUCCUCUCUCCUUUCAUCAUUGUUGUGUAUGUCUAAGAUGAGAAGGCGUCGUAAACGAUGUUCAUCAUCAUUUAGGGCGAAUAGAAAUAAGACAAUUUCUAAUAAUUCUACUAAUACUACUGCUACUGCUACUGCUACAACAGCAAAUAUACAAGGAAAUAUUAAUUGUAAAGAAAUUGAAAAUAAUACUCACAAUAACAAUAAUAGUAAUCUAGGUCAUACAGAAUUCUUUAAUGGUGUAAAAGACUUUCCUAUAGUCGGACAAUUAGCUAGUAAAAGUCAACCUGGUCAUGAUACAGGAUUGUGUUCAAAUGAUUUAUUGAAUGCACACAUAAGAGGACAGACAUCUGUGCAGACAGCGAAUGGAUUACUGCAAAUCGACUUAUCUCAUGGUCAUCCAUCAAUGCUGAUCAAUGGACAACCUUUGAUACGCAUUCCAGCCUCAUCGAAUCCAACAAAUAUAACAGAUAAUUCUUGGCUUAUUCAUCAAACAACAGGUUACCGUAAUAACAAUGCAGUGGGUAUGAAUUUAAUGAAUACAGAACCGGGUGUCUAUACAACAGUCGGUGGCACCGAGUCCGAUAUAGACAGUAAUGCUGCUAGUACAAUGAGUCCAGAGUAUGCAUCUGCAAGUAUGGUUCAUGAUUAUCCUGGAUUAGCUGCUACACUGGCACAAUUAAAUCAACAAAGACUUGCUGCUGCACUCGCUGCUAUGAAUAAUAAUAAUAAUAAUAAUAAUGUCCAAUCCAACUUGCAUCCUUGUUCUAAUCUAUCAUCAAGUUCAUCGAUUAAUUUCAAUCUAUUUACAAAUCCCCCACCAUUGAAUUCUCCAUUUGAUCAUAAUCUCAAUAGUAAUAUUGUUGGUCCCAAGACAUCUGCCAAUAAUGCUACUUCUAACAAUAACAAUAAUAACGGUUAUAUGAAUAACUUUUUAACAUCAGUGAAUACAAUCCAACAUCCAUUGUUAUUCUCUAAUCCACAUUCUCUGCAUGAUAUGCUGAUGUUGACGACGACGUCGACAACUGCAGUGCCUACAAAUCUGUUGAAUGGAGUACAAAGUUCAACUGGUAAUAAUAAUAAUAAUAUUCUAUCGCAUAAUGGAUUUCUUGUUGAUACAGACAGUAGCAGUAAUUAUGGUGCAGUUGAUAUUGAUCGGAUUAUGCUUAAACAACAACACCAACAACAACAGAGUCAACAACAAAAUCAACAAAUCUAUGAAGCGUACAAUUUGCCUAGUCCUUCUGCACCGGUUUAUUAUCCUGCUCAUCAUCCGAUUAUGUCGUCUACACCAUUAGUAAUAUCGUCCAUAUCACAGCAGCCAAUGGUGCCGUUAUCAGUUACGAAAGUUAGCAAUAAUAAUAAUAAUACCAACAAUAACAGCAACAACAAUAUAGCUAAUAAUUCUACAUUGGUGGGAAGAGGGUUCAGUAAUAAUGAUUACAAAUCAUCGAAACAAGAGGAUUUAGACAUUGGACAGCUGAAACAUCUAUCAGAUAUGAACAAAACAGAUUUCAAUAGUAAAUCAACAUUGACAACAAACAAUUGUCUGCCAAAUUCAAAUUAUCGAGUUUCUGAUCAUAAUCCAUGGAUUAAAGCGUCCAAUUUGAAUCGUUAUGAUACAGAACAACAACAGCAACAACCACACCAACACCACCAAAGAAGGCAGCAUGAAAAUCUACUGCUGAAGUAUUAUUAUACUAGAUUUUGUGUGCUAAGGAGUAGAAGAAGAAAACGAAGAAGAACAAGGAUUAAUCCUCAGUAUGCCUAA